AUGCGCCAUCUCGUUUUUAUUGCGCCCGCUGUUGUGUCUGUGUUCUGUGGGCACGCAGCCGGUGGUGCAAGCACAACGGGAAAAGCAGAGUGGUUCAACUGCCUGGCCGACAUGAACGAGGCCAGGACAGCCGCUGGACUCGAUGAGUUUAAGGAGGCAUCUACUGCUGAGCAAACGCUGCCGCAAAGCUCCUCUUCGGGAAAAGCCAUAAAUGCUGAUACUUUAUGGAAGGAAAUUUGCAAGAUAAUAACAGCGGAAGCAGACGACAGCAAUGAAGCCAAAAGCUUAGAGGGGAGCUUCGCCUAUUAUCCGGGCAAAAAAGACUGCAAAGCGGCAGUGCAAUACUGGAAGGACGGGUUUCCGCUCUUUCAUAACGAGCUGCCCCCAGCGUACACAGAGCCGAACAAGACUGACGUCUAUACUGACAAGGCUGUCUCCUUCGUCGCUCUCUAUAACCCUAAGGCGAGCCCCGUGGCCAGCUGCGCCUCUGUCACCUGCACAAAAGGAGCCGCGCUUGCUGCUUCAGCCCUGCCAAAAGGCCGCGAAGGCCAGACAUUAAGGAAACUUCAAUCUGGAGGGAAUCUGUCACAGCUGGAAGAGGAGUGGCAGAAGAUUGUUCAUGCUAUAGGUGGUCCUGAGGAGGGCAACGCGGUUUCGCCGGUUAGGCCGUCGUUGUUGCUUGGGCCCAUAAUAAUAUUCUUCCACUACGUUCUUUUAUGA